GUAGUCUUGCAAACGAGCUUGGUCCUCCUAUGGUUUUUCGAUUUUAAACUAACUCGGUUCCUAAAUGUCGGGUCGACUUUAUCCUCACCUUAUUCGCCUAAGCCUUCUGGGCUCUCUCGAAUGACACCUCAACCUCCCCCCCCAGGCCUUGGUCACUAAUUAACAUCCCAUUUUUUCUGUUUUAAGAUGUAAAAAUUGUGAUUUUGCCAUUCAAAUGGAGGUAGACACAAAAAUAAAUAAAGUUUUUGAAUGUGUUGUUUGUGAAUCUCAAUUCUGCCGUCUUUGUAAAAGAGAUUGGGACGAACAUUUUGGUAUUAGUUGUGAGGAAAUGGAUGAAAGGGAUAAAAGAGGACAAUUUAUAAAUCAAGUUUUUGAGUGCCUUGUGUGUUAUGAUGAAGUUGAACUUAAUCGAGUUGUUUUUUGUAAUAUUCAUGUUAGCGCUACAGGUAAAAAUUAG